UACGACGUGCAAGUCACCAUGAGGUAUGUACAUACAGCUCUAGGCUCUCUACAUGGCUAUAAUAUUGUUCAAUGUAUAACAAAUCUUUUAGUCACUAUACGUCUAACAUCCGUGUUAGCUUUCGCGCGCGAUAACGAAACAUUUUGAAGACCCUUGCAUUCGCAGCUCUCGAUAUGCUGGCGGUGCAGAUCUUCCCCUGCACUGUCCACGGCUUUCCAGCUGCCAUGCUUUGAGACGUUUGGUCUGAAGUAUUCCCUUGAACACCACUGGUAGGGAACAUCCGUGCGAGAAACGCGAGAGGACAUGCACUUCAGACUUCUAUGACAGUAUGCAUUUUCCCGUUUGUGUUAUAGAAAUGGAAUGUUGUCUAUGCGCCUGUCUCCUCUUCUCCUAUUCGAGCUGCUUUCUUCUAUUCCACCAACCAGUCCUAUUAUUAAGACAUAGCUAUAUCCCACUUUAACCUAUAUAUACCACGUUAUUCCCCGUUAUUUUAUCUUACAGGACUUCCAGCCCAAUAUUAAUAACCACAUUAUUACAAGAAUAUAUUCUGGUAGCCAUAUCAUUGUCACUAUAGUGUCCCUUAUCAUUAGUUAUGUCACCCCAUCUUGACGCACCAUCUCCCAGUGGAAGCUUCACGAUUAGCUUCGACGGAAUCCCCUUUCGACCCACUACCUCUUCUGAUGCAGUGAAAGGCUCUCCAGCACCUGCCGAGUCACACUCCUCGUUUAGUAGCUUCUUCGAAAGCGAGUUGGUAGAAGAAGAUUUCCAUAUAACACGGCCACUGGUACCAGGCGUCUAUGUGCCAACCCUUUGUUUCUUCGACCCGGAGACCGAGGAUGUAGACACCAAUACUAUCGCUCGCCAUGCCGUACGACUUGCCGAAGCUGGCGUGGCGGGCCUUGCCACUCAAGGUUCUAAUGGUGAAGCUGUUCACCUCACACAUGCUGAGCGUCAGCUAGUCACUCUUGCUACACGCAAAGCAUUAAACGAUUCUGGAUUCUCGCACAUUCCAGUUAUCGUCGGUUGCGGCGCUCAGAGCACUCGUGAGACUAUUCAGUACUGCCGCGAAGCAUGGGAAGCAGGGGGUGAUUACGCCCUAGUGUUACCCCCAUCGUACUACGCGCCCUUGUUUGCUCCAUCAUCUAAGACUAUCGAGCAGUACUUUACAACUGUUGCCGACGCGUCCCCGAUACCCCUCAUCAUAUACAACUUCCCAGGCGCUGUAAAUGGUUUGGACUUAUCAUCCGACGUAAUCAUUAAGCUAGCACAGCAUCCCAAGAUUGUCGGUGUCAAGCUGACGUGCGGCAAUACGGGCAAGUUGAACCGCGUAGUAGCUGCCACGCGGUCGCAAUCUGAGAUCUGCGACCCGGACAACCCCGAGUUCCUAGUCCUGGCAGGCUCAGCCGACUUCUCGAUCCAGUCCUUAAUCGCAGGGGGACAUGGGAUACUAGCAGGUCUCGCAAACAUGGCACCAAAGGCCUGUAUUAAGACUAUCGAGUUAUAUCAAGCAGGCAAAUACUCCGAGGCCCAGAAAAUUCAAGAGAUAGUAUCACGGGGCGAUUGGACGGCCAUCCAAGGCGGCGUCUUGAGUGUUAAGGCGGGACUCCAGGCGUGGUCAGGUUACGGCGGUUUCGCACGAAGCCCACUCCCGAAACCGACCUCGGAACAAACCAAAUCGUGGAAAGAGGGAUUCAAGGAACUAAUGCUACUGGAGAAAUCCAUGACGGGUUGCUAACAUCCAAGGUUACAGCUACUAGGAUCGUAGUUCGCUCAUAAUAAAGGGGUACUCUGUUUGACCAAAAGUAUUCGAGGAUUGCACAACUAUGGGUGUAUGUCAAAAGAAAUUAAAAUAAAAACUAAAAGAGUAAAGGAAUUCCUCUUUUCGGUUCAUGGUUUGAAUGAGUCGUUCAAAAAGAAUAGUCAUGACUUAUUACUAGGUAGUCUUGCCUGAUUUCUUUUUUAAUUCAGGAUGAGUUACCGUACGGUCGUCUCACCUCUCUUUGCUUUGAAUUGGCGAAACCAAUAUAUGACCCAAAAGUCACUACUACAAUUGCUUGUGGUACACCUCUCUCCUUGAUAGAAAGGGGCACAAUGUUACAACUGUCGUAUAUAUAUUUAGAAGAUAUCAAUACAUCCUAUGUACAUGUGAAAA